AUGUCCAGUUUCGAAGACGCGGACACGGAAGAGACAGUGACGAGUCUGCGGGUCACCAUUUACCAUCCUGGCCAGAUGCAAGGUGGGAUAUUCCAAUCGAUAAGGUUUUCUAACCCGGAGAAGCUCCCAUCCAGCGAAGUGGUGAAAUUCGGCCGAAAUUCCACCGUUUGUCACUAUACUUUUCAGGACAAGCAGGUUUCCCGAGUUCAGUUCUCACUGCAGCUGUUUAAAAAGUUCGACAGCUCCGUCCUCUCUCUAGAAAUUAAGAACAUGAGCAGGAGGACCGGCCUGCUGGUGGGCGGCAUGGAGCUGGGCUACCUCAACAAGGUGGAGCUGCCCUCCAGGUGCGUGGUCCGCUUUGGCGAGUACCAGCUGCUGGUGGAGAAGCAAGACGGGGAGUCCCUGGAGUUUUUCGAGACUCUCUUCACGAUGUCUCCCAGACCCCUCCUGCAGGAACAGGGCUGGCCCGCAGGCAAGCCCACCCCUGAGCUCUGCUGGUCCGCCCAGAGCACCUGCCUGAGCGCUUGUCCCACGGAAAUGGAUGAGAACGAGUAUUAG